CGAGUCUGCAGUGUGCUGCCAGUCUGUGAGCUGGAGAGACACUCAGACGACACACACAAGAGAAGUCUUCAAAACUGACUUUGGUUGCAACUUCUUGUAUUUUUUUUUACAACAGUGGAUGCAAGCCUACUUUUGCAUUUCUUAUUUCCUCUGAGGGUCAACCUAUUUCCACAGAAAGCGGCAAUGCUUCCAUUCUACCUCUUGACUUUUGCUGCCAUCAUCCAAGCCCACAGCCAGCUGUUGCCAGGCUCUUGCAACUUUGAGUCCAACACCUGCGGAUACACGUCAGAUGCAGACUUUACAAGCUGGACCCUGCACAGAGAUGGCCGUUAUGUUGCAGUGGAUGCAGUCAUGAGCAAUGAUCAGGAUGAUGAGAUAGGUGCAGACACCGAAAUGCAGAGAGAAACCACUGGAGUCCUACUGAGUCCAGCUCUGGAGCAGGGCGAGUGGAGCUGCCUGAGGCUCGUCUACCAGAUCACCGGGUCAGGCAGCCUGGAGGUUUUGCAGCGUACAGAGGGAAAGAGCUUUGAUAGGCCACUGUGGAGCAGCCAAGAGCCCUCCGACAGCUGGGUCAUCUCAAGCAUGGACCUGCAGAACAAUACUGAGCCUUACAGGGUUGUCAUUGAAGGUAAACCUGGACAGACUGCUGGGAGCAGCGUGGCCAUAUUUGAGAUCCACAUCAGCCCCGGAUACUGCCUGGAGUGUGAUUUUGAGGAGUCUCACCUGUGUGGAUACAGUAACCAGUGGAAUGCAAAUGUAAACUGGUAUGUGGGAGGAGGCGGGGUCCAGCUCCUUCACAACAACAUGCCAAUUGACCACACAUACAACAACAGGACAGGUCACUUCAUGUAUGUGGACUCAAUCUAUGCCAAGACUUUCAAAGAAGUGGCCAAACUGGUGUCUCCCCUGACGACGGUGCCGAUGUCCGGCUGCCUGAGUUUUCAGUACCAACGCAGCGAGGAGAGAGGCAACCUGUUCUCUGUGUUCACCCGGGACCGACUGGGUCAGUACCAGGAGCUGUGGAGGGCUGGACCAGAGAUCCAGAGCGACUGGAGCGGGACGCUUGGAGAGUGGAUACCUGUGCAGGUGGACCUGAAGGCACCGUACUCUGUACAGGUGGUUUUUGAAGUGGCCUUUAACAGCCCAAGAGGCGGACGUGUUGCAGUCGAUGACAUUUCCUUUUCUUCAGAGUUCUGCAGCACAGAUACUGAGCCGACCUUUGACCCCUCCAUCGCUAGCUGCGACUUUGAGUCAGGUUUCUGCCAAUACACCCAGGACCAAGUGAUGGGGUCGUUGUGGAGAAGAGUGUCUGUAAAGCCCAACAUAUUUAGGAAUGGAGACCACACAACAGGAGCAGGAUCUUUCCUGUUGGCUCACUCCCAGCUGGGCCCAAGCUCCGGCUACGUUAGCCGUGUGAUUGGUCCAACUCUGCCUGGCAACAUGAAGUUCUGCCUGAGAUUUUACUUCUCACUGAGGGGUUUCAACCAGACAGACCAGGCUCUCGCUGUUUAUCUGCAGCAGAGCAGCGGCCAGGAGAAGAUCUGGACUCUGGGGGAGAAGUCCAGAGGAAUCUGGGUUGCAACGGACAUGACCUUCCAGACAUCACAGCCUGCCAAGGUUGUUUUCGUCAGCACCUGCAGGAGCUUCUGGGACUGCGGCUCCGUGGCUCUGGAUGACAUCAUUGUGAGCCUCGGAGACUGUGAGUUGGCAGCAGGACUGUUGAUGUCAUCUCUCCCGGGACACUGUGACUUUGAAGGAGGCAUGUGUGGUUACAUACAGGACAAGCAGAACGAUGCUGCCGACUGGGAGUGGAGGAGGGGACCCACUCCGACCUCGUACACCGGGCCCAGAGGGGACCACACCACGGGACUUGGAUACUACCUGCACAUGGAGGCGUCACCCAUGCUGCCCGGUCAGAGCGUUCGCCUGCUGUCCCGCCCACUGAGGGGCUCCAGGGGGCCUCAGUGUCUGCGCUUCUACUACCACAUGUACGGCUCGGGCACGGGCCAGCUCAGCGUUCACCUCAACAAGAACGGAGAGGAUGUGUUGCUGUGGCAACGGAGCGGCGAGCAGAGCAUUGCCUGGCUGAGGGCCACAGUAGAGUACCAGAGUGACAGGCAGCACCAGAUUGUGUUUGAGGCGACCAGGGGUUCAUCAGUAAGGAGUGACAUCGCCAUUGAUGACAUUAUUUUGGAGAGUGGACCUUGCCCAGAAGCAGAGAUCAGGGCCACAGUGGGAACCUCCAAUGAGAUCGAGUAGAAGAGAAGAAGAAACAGCUGUAUAGGAUGCAUGAAACCUGUUUAUUUGCACAUUUCAGACGACUCAAAGUCUUUGCCGACUCCUGACUCCUACAUUCUGAACAUGUAGGAAUGUGGGUUAAAGGAAACUUUUUCAUGUAGGUCUGUUUUCAUGGAGCAACACAUAUCAGUGGCGUCAUAGUCAGCAUUUCUCUCUACACUGUAGCAACAGAGAGUGUGUUACACUGUGUUUUUUCUUUACAUUUAUAUGCAUUAGAUUAAUGCUCAUUGCUCAAAUAAAGCGAGAAGAUUAUUCAA